CUUCACGGUCUCUCGUCUCGCAUGUGCCUCUCACGCAGUAACUUAUUGAUGGUCCCUAAAUGAAGAGCCUUACAGCGAUUUCACCGCGGUCACAACACAUCGCUGCGUUUACACCAACUUUACUCGCUGUGGAGAGCGUGAGUUUUGUCUACGUUUAUAAUACCUUAUUUUUAUACUAUUUCGUCAAAUAGGUCAGACAUGGGAGAAAUGCCGGAACAGGAGGACCUCUCUCAAGUUAUUCGUCACAUUUUACAAACGGCUCCUGAUGACAGAAAAAAACUCCUGGACAAUCACAGCAACCUCCUGCAAGUAGCAGAUUAUUGCGAAAACAACUACUUUAAGGUGGACGAUCAGUCUCAAGCAGUGGAAGAAGCCAAAGCUUUGACCACUCAGGCUCUAGCCAGUGUGACGUAUCAGAUCAACAGCUUGGCCAACACUGUGGUCAGACUACUGGACUCCCAGGCCAUGAAGGUUAAAGCCAUGGAGUCCUCAGUCAACCUGCUGUCACUGGGUGCAGAAAUCCACUUCGAGAAGGUCUCAAGGCGAGAGAUCGGCAAUUUCACCGCCCCCAAGGAGAAGAUCCGUACCAGGCGCAUGGCUCCGCCCCCUACAGGCCUGGAGCCAGAGAAACGCUGGACCAGGAUGCCAAUAUCCUACUCCAUCCUGGACUCUGUGGGACACUGCUUUCAGGUGAAGCAGGAGCCUGUGAAGACAGCAGACAGCACACAGACCUCAGCAGAUACUUUUACGUGAGUUUAAACCUCUUUUAAACCUUUCACAAAAACUGUAGUGUUAGUCAUUUAACACAAAUAGGUUUCACGUUGGGAAAAAGACAAACCUUUAAAACUAAAACAAUGCUUGACCUUUUCCCUAUCACAGCAGUUAACCUCCACAAUGAGAGGCUAACAAUGUUUAAAAGACAACUUAAAAUGAUCUAAGAAACAUUUUAGCCACAGAACUUAAAAAAAGCUUCAUUUUCUUUAACUAAACUGCUAUUUCAAAGCUAACUAUAAAUAUAGCAUUAAUUAUCAACUACAUAUAUUAUUUACAGACCUAAAUGCUAAGCACACCUCUGUUAAGACAUUUACUAGGUAUAAACUUCUCCUCCUGCAGGUGGAGCUUUGGCAUCACUGUUCCUUCACCCGCAGUUCCCACUUUAAAAAUUGGCUCCAACUCCACUGAUAGUAGUCUGCCUCCCGCUCCUCCUGCAGACCCUGGUAUACCUACUCUUCCACCAACUUCCACAGGCCCAGAUUUCCCACCUCCACCUGCUCCAUCAACAAACAGUUUGUCAAACAGCACCUACCCUCCUUCGCCGCCUCUUCCAGUGUCAGGAGCUGGUGUUUUCUGUCCUCCACCACCCCCACCACCCCCAUCAUUAGGAGCAGGUUCUUUACCACCUCCUCCACCUACAUUCGGAGCUGGUCCUCUGUCUCCCCCACCACCUCCAGGAUCUGGUCCUCUGCCUCCCCUGCCUCCACCACCUCCAGGAUCUGGUCCUCUGCCUCCCCCA